AUGGCACUGAGCGAAAACUGCAAAACGCAACCUGCAACGGGGCAAACCCCUCCAUCGGAUGUUAUUGAGCUAAACGUAGGUGGACAGGUGUAUUACACUCGCCAUGCCACCUUGACAAGCUUUCCAAAUUCCUUACUUGGGAAUCUGUUCUCGAACAAGAAGGGGUCCUCAAAUGACUUGUCCCGGGACCUCAGAGGACGUUAUUUUAUUGACAGAGAUGGCUUUUUGUUUCGGUAUGUAUUGGAUUAUCUUAGAGACAAGCAAGUUGUCCUCCCUGACCACUUCCCCGAGAGAGGAAGGUUGAAAAGAGAGGCGGAAUACUUCCAGCUGCCAGAUUUGGCCAAACUUUUAUCUUCCGAUGAUUCUAAACUAUUUCCAGACGACUUGUGCUACAGUGAUUUCGAUGAUGAGUCGCAGGGCAGCGACCAGAGGUUUUACCCCCCUUACUCACUGGACAGGAGGUAUGGCUACAUAACGGUCGCUUUCAAAAGCGCGUGCGCUGACGGAGGCAGAGAAAGUCAAAUUGAUGUCAAGGCCAAAAAGUUACCGAGGAUCUUCAUCAGCAGUAGAAUUGGCUUGGCGAAAGAAGUAUUUGGAGACGCCCUGAAUGAGAACAGGGACUCGGACAGAACACCGGACCGUUACACCUCCAGGUUUUACCUCAAGUUCAGGCACCUGGAGAGAGCAUUUGACAUGCUGUCAGAGAGCGGCUUUCACAUUGUGGCCUGCAAUUCGUCCCUGACUGCUUCCUCCAUCGCUCAUUACGCGGAUGACAGGGUCUGGUCCAAUUACGCACAGUACAUCUUCUACCGUGGGUCCUCAAGGUGGUUGUCCUCACACAAAAGCGAGCGUGAAGGAGAGAGCGGCACUUCCUUCAAUGAGCUCUCCACUUCCUGUUCUGAGACCCAGUCGGAGGCCAGUUCCCCUCAAGGAACCGUGAUCUGUGGUCCCGUGAGCCGGCGCACCAAUGUCCAGACGCUGGACCGUCCCAUGCCCAAAGGACCAGUUCACAUGCUGCAGCAGGCAGAGAUGCGCCGCAAGACUGACAUGCUACGAGUGAGAACCUUCGGGGUCCGAGAACGAGAGGCCGCAAAAAGGAAAGCCAACAAGGAGAAGAUGACUCCAGAGCAGGAGCUGGAGAAAUGCAUCCAGGAGUUCCGGCGCAUCAGAAUUCCUGAUCGCUUUCCGGAGAGGAAGUACAUGUGGCAAUCAGAGCUCCUGAGAAAGUACCGUCUCUAAAUAUGAGUGGGAAGAAGAAGAAAGAGAUGGAAGUAUCAUGUCACCAUCAAUGGAGAGUAUUAACUGCAUAGGCAAUAGACUGCACUCUCUAAGGCACAUACUGUAUUAGAAAAAAACUAUGGCCACUUUCCCGCCAGCAUGACUAGCUGAGCACACAAAGUACAAGGCAGUGUGAGUCAUUGAUUUGUAAAGUAUGCACAGUGUUGUGGAUGAUAUGCACAUGUGUAAAUCAGGUUACUCCUGUUGGGGCUUACAUCACUGACCCUGUUCUCACUUCAGAUAGCAGACAGUGUACUAACUACUAUUAUAUCACUAGUUGAAGCAACAAAGCAACCUCAGGGGCAACAUCAUUUCAAAUCAUCAACCUAUCACAUUUACUUUAUGUGCAAUUGCCCACAAUAGCGAUUUUUUUAAAAUGGAUGUACCCAUAUGGUGCUGAGAGUUAGCAAUGGAAUAUCACUAUAGCCUACUCCACUGAUAACACAUAUACUUAAACAAGGCUUUGAUAUCGGCACUGCAUGUCAU